AUGCAGCAUCUCACGUUUUCCCGUAAAGCAUUUUAUUUAUGUCGAAAUGCUUUAAGUAUUGAAUUAUUUGAACAAAAAUGGAAAUCAAUGAUAGAUUUAUUUCCAGAAUGUCAAUCUUAUAUGACAAAAGCUUUAUAUCCUAAUCGUUCUACAGUAAACAGCACUAGCACUCUCUGUGACGUUGAAAAAGCUAUUGACAAAAGACAUGAAAGUGAAUCCAAAUAUUGUCAACUAAUUGAUCUUAAAGCACGUCAAUUGGUAACAUCAUUUAUUGAGGAUUUGGAGUCUAAUACCACCAGUGGAUUAUCACAACGUGAAAAUUUAGUGGCACUGUUAUCUGAUGGAACUCACCUCUGUACCUGCAUUUUUGAAAAUUCACCAGUUCUUUCUGCAAUAGAACCUGUAGAUACUUCAACAUUAUCAGUGCCACCACCUCAAAAUAACUUUACACUUCAAAUUGCAUUUUCUACAGCAAAAACUGCUAUAAAUGUUGCUUUGAAAACAAAAACUGAUGAAGAAUUAAUUAAGAUACUAAAAGAUUUUAUUGCAGCCAAACAUGAAAUACAAUCAGAAAGAAAUGAUCAUACUAAUAAUAAUUUAGAAGUGAAUAAUUAUACAGAAGAUCAAUUGAGACAAGAUACUAGCAAUAUAAUUAUUCCUUUACAACAGCACUUAAUUGGGCAGAUUACUAAUCCUAAUGUUACUAAAAUACAAGGUGCUCCCUCAAAGAAAAGAUUGAAGAGUGCUAUGGAAUUAUCAAAAAAAUGGAUCCCGAUGCAAAAAAACCUGAAUGAUCCAAAUUAUCAAGUGGCAAAGAGUCAAUACAGAUGUCUGUUAUGCGGAAAACCUGGUCAUUACCAGAAAAAGUGUCCAAAUGCUAGGGAUGGGAAAUAUAGAGAAAAUUAUAAUCGGAGAGAAGAACAACAGAUAUUUUUGAUGUAA